AUGUCCCGUCCACAAGUUACUGUUCACUCUUUGACUGGUGAAGCUACUGCCAAUGCCUUGCCAUUGCCAGCUGUCUUCUCCGCUCCAAUUCGUCCUGACAUUGUCCACACCGUUUUCACCUCUGUGAACAAGAACAAGAGACAAGCUUACGCUGUUUCUGAAAAGGCUGGUCACCAAACCUCUGCUGAAUCCUGGGGUACUGGUCGUGCCGUCGCUCGUAUUCCAAGAGUUGGUGGUGGUGGUACCGGUAGAUCCGGUCAAGGUGCCUUCGGUAACAUGUGUCGUGGUGGUCGUAUGUUUGCUCCAACCAAGACCUGGAGAAAGUGGAACGUUAAGGUUAACCACAACGAAAAGCGUUAUGCCACUGCUUCUGCUAUUGCUGCUACUGCCGUUGCCUCUUUGGUUUUGGCCAGAGGUCACAGAGUCGAAAAGAUUCCAGAAAUUCCAUUGGUUGUCUCCACUGACUUGGAAUCUGUUCAAAAGACUAAGGAAGCAGUUGCUGCUUUGAAGGCUGUUGGUGCUCACUCCGACUUGUUGAAGGUCUUGAAGUCCAAGAAAUUGAGAGCCGGUAAGGGUAAGUACAGAAACAGAAGAUGGACUCAAAGAAGAGGUCCAUUAGUCGUCUAUGCUGAAGACAACGGUAUUGUCAAGGCCUUGAGAAACGUUCCAGGUGUUGAAACCGCCAACGUUGCCUCUUUGAACUUGUUGCAAUUGGCUCCAGGUGCUCACUUGGGUAGAUUCGUCAUCUGGACUGAAGCUGCCUUCGCCAAGUUGGACCAAGUCUGGGGUUCUGAAACCGUUGCCUCCUCCAAGGUUGGUUACACUUUGCCAUCCCACAUCAUCUCCACUUCUGAUGUCACCAGAAUCAUCAACUCUUCUGAAAUCCAAUCUGCUGUCAGACCAGCUGGCCAAGCUACUCAAAAGCGUACCCACGUUUUGAAGAAGAACCCAUUGAAGAACAAGCAAGUCUUGUUGAGAUUGAACCCUUACGCCAAGGUCUUUGCUGCUGAAAAGCUAGGUUCCAAGAAGGCUGAAAAGGCUGGUACUAAACCAGCUUCUGUCUUUACUGAAACUUUGAAGCACGAUUAA